CCCUCCUACGCCCCUCUCUCUGCUCUUGUUCCUUUUCCUCUUCUUCUUAUCCUUCUUGUGUUGCUUCCACUUUUAUACGACCCAAGUUCGGAUAUCCCAGAAUCCCUACAAACUCAAAAACAAAACCAUAUCACACCCUCCGCUGGCACCCCACCACACGCUUGAAGCUGGCCUCUACUACCAACACCACGCACACAAAUACCCCAUCCCAUUUGCGCCUGCAUUCUCUCGCGCGGCAAUUCUCCUCCUCAUCCGCCUCUUCCGAUUCCGUCGCGCCCGCCGAUAAACCCUCAUCUGCAACUAUGGCACCCACAGAAGUGCACGAGUACGAUUACAUAGUUAUUGGCGGCGGCAGCGGCGGCAGCGGCGCUGCUAGGAGAGCGUCGGGUUGGUAUAAAGCAAAGACACUUAUUAUUGAGAAUGGGAGGUCUGGCGGGUGCUGUGUGAAUGUCGGCUGCGUACCCAAAAAGAUGACCUGGAACUUUUCCUCCAUUGCCGAAACCCUGCGCGACGGCGUGCAUUACGGCUAUGACAUCCCCCAGAACAUCCCCUUCGACUUCUCCGUCUUCAAACGCAAGCGCGACGCCGUCAUCGAGCGCCUCAACGGCGUGUACGAGCGCAACUGGAACCGCGAGGGAAUCGACCUCGUUCAUGGCACCGCCCGCUUCCUUAGCAAGAAGGAGAUCGAAGUUGAGUUGCAGGACGGCAACGGGAAAAAAGUCCGGUACACGGCCCCGAAGAUUUUGAUUGCUACCGGUGGUUACCCGCUUAUCCCCGACGACACCUCCGGUGCGCACCACGGUAUCACUAGUGACGGGUUUUUCGACAUCGAGGUCCUCCCACCCAAGAUCGCGGUGGUUGGUGCGGGAUAUAUCGCUGUCGAGCUGGCAGGUGUGAUGCAGUCCAUUGGCGUCGAGACCCACAUGUUUAUCCGUGGCCAGACGUUCUUGCGCAAAUUCGACCCGAUGAUCCAAACUACGAUGACCAAACGGUAUGAGGAUAUGGGCGUGAAGAUCCACAAGGGAUUCAAGAAAUUUGAGGCGGUGGAGCUCCUCAGUGCUGGAAAGGGGGCGGAGAAGAGGCUGAAGAUCACUAACAGUGACGGGGAGGUGUUUGAGUUUAACGAACUGCUGUGGGCGAUUGGGAGAGCUCCAGCUAUUCAGGAUCUGACACUGGAGAACGCUGGAGUCCAGCUUACACCCACCGGCCAUAUUGCUGUUGAUGAGUUUCAAAAUACCUCCGUGGACGGGAUUUAUGCCUUGGGUGACGUGACUGGACAAGCAGAACUGACCCCUGUCGCCAUCGCCGCCGGUCGGCAGCUCGGAAACCGCCUGUUCGGGCCUGCCGAACUCAAAUCCUCCAGACUAUCCUACGACGUCAUCCCUACCGUCGUCUUCUCGCAUCCCGAAGUCGGCACGACAGGCCUGACGGAGCCUGAAGCCAUCGAGAGGUACGGCAAGGAGAAUAUCAAGGUCUAUCAUACGAAAUUCUCCGCGAUGUUCUACGACGUCAUGCCAGCGGAGGAGAAGCAGAAAAACCCGACGGAGAUGAAACUUGUCUGCGCGGGCCCUGACGAAAAGAUCGUUGGUCUGCAUAUUCUGGGCCUGGGUGUUGGGGAGAUGUUGCAGGGCUUUGGGGUGGCGGUUAAGAUGGGGGCGACAAAGAAGGAUUUCGAUUCUUGUGUGGCCAUUCAUCCGACGAGCGCUGAGGAGUUGGUCACGAUGCGGUAGAUACGAGAAGAAGUUUAGCCCGGACGCAUAUGUAACCAGUAAAUAAAUGAUAUAUAUAUUCGUGAAUACAAGUUAUGUUUUGAUUC